UUCCGGAUUGACGCUGCCAAGCAUAUGUGGCCUGGGGACAUAAGAGCAUUUCUGGACAAGCUGAAGGAUCUGAAUACGAAAUGGUUUUCUGCAGGAACAAAACCUUUCAUUUACCAGGAGGUAAUCGACCUGGGGGGGGAGCCGAUCAAAAGCAGCGACUACUUUGGGAACGGCCGAGUGACAGAGUUCAGAUACGGUGCAAAACUGGGGACAGUGAUCCGCAAGUGGAACGGAGAAAAGAUGGCCUACUUGAAGUGAGGAGGAAGACCCUGCUUUAUAAAAUGGCGGUUGGUUUCAUGCUUGCUCAUCCGUACGGCUUCACGCGUGUGAUGUCAAGUUUUCGCUGGCCAAGAUAUUUUGUAAAUGGACGGGACGUCAACGACUGGAUUGGACCACCAAGUCACUCGGAUGGAUCAGUAAAGCCUGUUACAAUCAACGCCGACACUACCUGUGGCAACGACUGGGUUUGUGAGCAUCGCUGGCGUCAAAUAAAGAACAUGGUUAUCUUCCGUAACGUGGUGGACGGUCAGCCUUUCUCCAACUGGUGGGACAACGGGAGCAAUCAAGUAGCUUUUGGCCGUGGUGAUAAAGGCUUCAUUGUUUUUAAUAAUGAUGACUGGAACAUGAAUGUCUAUUUGCAAACUGGCCUGCCUGCGGGUACCUACUGUGAUGUUAUUUCUGGACAGAAGGAGGGCAACAAAUGCACUGGAAAGCAGGUGUAUGUUUCUGGGGAUGGAAUGGCUCAGUUCCAGAUCAGUAACAGUGCUGAGGAUCCCUUCGUUGCUAUUCACGUUAAUGCCAAGCUAUAG